AUGUCGGAAGGUGGAAACUCUGAGCCGCCCGAAGUGCGACAGAAGGCCGUGGUGUCGUUGGAGAGAAGAGCGGGAAAUCCACCCUCCAACGAUGGAAAGAAUGAUUCUAUCGUCCCCGGCGAUGCUCAUACUGUCGCGACGACGGCGGGCUCACCUUGUUCGUCUCUCCAUCACUCUGCUGGAAGCUCAAGUGGAAGCCUGAAACCCGCCAAUGAGGCGCCAACUCCUGUUCCUGUCUCCCCAACUUACGCUGGUCCCAUUCAACACAAGCCUGCCAUGGAAGGCUUUUCGAGAGACACGCCUACUCUGGAGUUGGAUAGACAACUCGAGACUCUUAGAUGGAUGAAAAGCAAGGACGCUUGGUUCGCGUUGCAACUGUCGGAGAGCGCUGAGAUCUACGAAAGAUCCCCCUUGACAUGCACAAACGUCUUGAUACGAAACUUUGCUUAUGCGCAAGAAGACAGGCGGGAAUUUCGAGAACUUCGCAUGCGCGAUCUGACAGUUCCCGCCCAUAAGAAUCUUGACAUUCGCAUCUCCGUCGGUAUCGACAAUCUCCAGAUCUUCUGGUGGGAUAUGACACCUCGAUGGCAGACCUUUUUCAAUUCCGUCGCAAAGCUACCAUUAUCAUCCUGGCAGCAAGUCGCACCGCCAGAAGUGGCAAACGAGUAUCGCUGGUUGGCACUAGCUUACGAAUGGAUCGAUCUACAGCUCGAAGCGUUAGACGAUCUUGUCAUUACAUCUCGGGAGACAGAAACCGCUCCUCCACCUGAAGUUAUCGCGCAAUCAACUACAUCUGCAACGCUCGGUCCGGGGUUACGAGGAAUAGACGAAACUUCGGAGACCCGUACAAGAGAGUAUAUUCGACGUGCGACGAGACGAGGUCAGACGCCCCUUCGAACACAAAGAACCGCCGAGAAAGGCGUGAUCGGGCAGGAUGGGCAUGUCACGGUGCAUGGAUCUCUCAGUUCUGUUGGAACUUAUAGAACCAACCUCGCGACAUUAGCGGCCAUCUCCUUUUUCGGAGCAUCAGUUGCAUGGUCAGCCGUGUUCUCGGGAACGCGUGGUGAUGUUGUUCUUCUCGCAUGGACCUCAUCGAUGUUUGUAUGUGGUUCGAUUGCUGCCGGUUCCAUAGCUAUCAUACUCGGUGCUGAUUCUAUCGAUCUGGAUCGUGACAUGAACGCACGCAGGGCGUUGCGUGUCUUCGUCCUCACAUCCGCGGUAUUCUCCUUUGGAGGUAUCGUAUUGUUAGCUGUGACUAUGGCAUUGAUCGACCCCGAUUCCAACACUGGAAAUUCAAGUUCUACUCCAACUGCGCCAUAUCGAAUUAGCGGGAUGCGGGCCUCUGGUGUGUUCACCAUCAUUGCAAGUUUGGUCGAAAUUGGAGUCGCCCUUGCACUGAGACAAGCAUUUACGCCGGGACGGUAUAAAUGGUAA